UGUGCAGUCUGCUUGUCCCUUAGCUACUUCAGAGGAGCUGGCAAAGUGGCCACCAGACCUGCCCGGGAGCCAUGGCAAAGAGUGGACUUGUAAUUUAUGUCCUGGUUAUCACCUUACUCCUGGACCAGACCACCAGCCACCCAUCCAAAUUCAAAGCCAGGAAGCACAGCAAACGCCGCGUGAAAGAAAAGGAUGGAGACCUAAAGACUCAAGUUGAAAAGCUCUGGAGAGAAGUUAAUGCCCUGAAGGAAAUACAGGCUCUGCAGACAGUCUGUCUCCGAGGCACAAAAUUUCACAAGAAAUGCUACCUUGCUUCGGAAGGCUCGAAACACUUCCAUGAAGCCAAUGAAGACUGUAUUUCCAAAGGAGGGACCCUGGUAAUCCCCAGAAACUCAGACGAAAUCAACGCCCUUCGAGACUAUGGUAAAAGGAGUCUGCCGGGUGUCAAUGACUUUUGGCUAGGCAUCAAUGACCUGGUCACAGAAGGCAAGUUUGUUGAUGUCAAUGGAAUUGCCAUCUCUUUCCUCAACUGGGACCGAGCACAACCUAAUGGUGGCAAGCGGGAAAACUGUGCCCUGUUCUCCCAGUCAGCUCAGGGCAAAUGGAGUGAUGAGGUCUGUCGGAGCAGCAAGAGGUACAUAUGUGAGUUUAUCAUCCCUUAAUAGAUCCUUCUCAAAUGCAUCUUCCAAGCAUGAUUUAUAGGCUAAUGGUUCUCAAGAAUAAGUUAAAUUGUCCAUAGGAAUACAAGAAUCAGCCAAUUUUGCUACCAUGUUUCAUUGUGAUUUUUCCCUUCAUGGGGCAUGAGGGAUCAGAAAAUAAUGAUCCAGCUAUGUACACACUGUUAAAGUGGCUUCUGCAAAAUGGGCUUCAAAUCCUCAUUUUCUUAGUCCCUCUCGCUUGUAUAGACGAGGUCUGUAUUAAAAAUGCAAUAGCCAGAAAAGCAAGCUUCUCUUGAAAGUUUAAUUUAUAUUUUGUUAAUGAGAAUUCUCUAAAUCAGAGAUUCUAGGUGCUAUAUAAUCCAAAACCUUUUUAGUCUGAUGCUCAAUGUGUUCCAUUCUAGCCUUAGUGCCUUGUUAGCCCAUUCCCUUUUCUUGGAGUUGCUACAUCGCCUGGUAGAACUUGUAUCUUGCCUACCAUGUCAGAACAUGAAUGCCUCAGAUUCUCAUUAAUUUUUUUCUUCAAGACCCCUUCCCCAUCUACUUUUUCUUUUUAAUUCCCAAUCAAGAUCUGACAGGAAAUGAUAAGGCAGCAUAUUUGGUCAUUUUCCCCUUCCAGCAUUACAUUACCACUUCCAAUUUGAAUGUCUAACCUUAAGGCAGAACAAGAGCAGCAGAUUGUAUGAAAAAAUGGAAAGAGAAAAAAUGUCUGAUUUUUCAUUGCUUUAGCAUCCUACUUCCUUUAUGAAAUUGAAGAUGGAUAAUCUAUAUCUAUAUCUACCUAGAUAUAGAUAUAGAUAUAUAGAUAUAGAUAUAGACAUAUAGAUAUAUAUUCAUUUCUUUUUUACAUCAUAUUUCAAUAAUCAUAUAUUUAAGUCCAUUAGGGGCAAUCUAUCUUUGGAGGUUAAAAAUUGGAUUUCAAUAAAACUAUUUUGGAGACACAUCUCUGUGCAAUUUUUUAUUCUGCCAAAUGCUAUUCCCAUUAAAUUAUUUAACUAGAUUGUGUAAAAUAACUUCAUUGCUUACUAUGAAAUUACAAUGUUUAGGCUUCGGAGAAAUGGGUUUUAUAAAAGCAAAUAAUUUUAAGUAUAUUCUGUACUUCAAAAGCAAACAAUUUUAAGUAUAUUCUGUUCUUCAAAUAUCAUUUUUUUUCUUUAAAUAUUGAAUGUAUUUUGUAUUAUCAUUCUCUGCAAACUUUAA